AUGUGGCUACUUUUUCCCCUACUCUUUUUCCCAGUUUGUCUCUUAUCUUGAUUUUUUUUCUUUUUUUCUUGCGAAACGAAAGUUGCGAACUUUUCAUGACCGCUUCAAUCGGUUCAAACAUAGUUUUUUGAAAAAAGAAGACAUUUUGUUUGGCAAAAAUAUCACGGAAACUAGCGCUUAGGCUAGUUUACAUCAAUUUCUUUUGUAUUUUUUUCGAAAAAAACAGUACGUUUUGAAGAAACUGAAUCACAAUCACGGCGUUUCGAAGCAAGGAUCGGACUUUAAAAAAAACCAGAAAACUCUCACAGCGAAGUUUGAAUUCGGCUAAAAUUUCACAAGUUUUAUUCGUUUAUUUGCAAAAUUUCUUUUUUUGAAAGUUUUUUUUUAAUUUUCAGUUUUAAAAAAGUUGACAUAGUUUAAUGCACUCUUUUUCCCAUAACAUUGAAAUUUGAGUGUUUUUAUACAUUUCUUUUGUUUCAAGCAGAGAUGAAGUAAAAAAAAGUCCGUUGGCGCGCGUUUAGAUGGCUACUUUGGAACGCCGUGUGCUAAGCAACGGAGUCGAGUCGAAUUUCCGCCAAUAAAGCAAAGAAAUUGAGGUGAUUCCGUCGACGAACGGGCUCGGCUGGGCGGGUUGGUCGCCAUGGACGCCUUGCUCCAAAACGGUCAGAUUUCCUCGCAAUAAACAUGUCCAACUUGCAAAUUCGACAUAUUCGACGUGACGUAUCUUUUCUUUGCAGUGUGGCGGCGGCGUCUCGCAGCAACUUCGGCGGUGUCUUGACACGAAAUGCUCAGGGCACGCCGUACGGUAUCGCGUCUGCGCCCUGAAGGUGAAUGGAGAAUCGGCAGAGAGGAGAUUUACGCAAGAGACCAAACAAUUCGAAUCGAAUCAAAAAUACUUAAGAAUAAUUCAAUCGAUAAGAAUUUCAAAAAAUAUUUUUUUUUAAACUUGAAACCCAUCGAAGAAAUAUUUCUUCAUAAAAUGUUAAUUUUUCGAUUUUUCGAAACUCUUUCCUAAAUCGCGGUUUUUUCCAUAGCUUCAUUAGGUUUCACUGGAGUUUCUGUUUUCGAAAACGAAUUCCAUCAGUUUUACAAACUCUAAAACUUCUAUUUCUGAUCGCUUUACUUCAAUGAGCAAUCUAAAAAUGUCUGGCGUACUUCAUAACCCGAAAAACCUUUUGAAUGACAAAAAAAAGCACGAGAGAGGGUAAUUUCGUGGCGUUGUGAAAGGAGGAAAAUCGUGAAAAUUUACAAUUUCCUGCCUUUUUCGAUGAUUGUGUGUGUUCCUCGAGGUUUUUGAGGCUUUUCCGAAAGAAGAUUUCGGGACUUUUUUGUUGAACUUUUGGCGUUUCUAGUAUGGCGAGGAGCGCUUGAAGCACUUUUUGAAAAUAAAAAAAGUUACUUUUCAAGGUUAAUAGAAUCUUUAUAUUUUAAUAAAUUUUUGAAAGAUAUUGAACAGAUCCGAAAUGCUUAAGAUUAAAAUUUCAGCUUCAAAGACUCCUGAGCUUUCGAAAACGUACAUUCUCUUAAGACUGAAAACGCACUCGCAGCGUGAUUUUCGACGCUCUUUCAAAAUGAACUAAUUGCCUCACUCACCCGAGAAAACUUGGGCUUUUUGGAAGAAACUGGGUGUGCGGCAAAUCGAAGUUUAAAAGAGGCGUUUAUCAAAAUAUCAAAUAUAUUAUUUUAUGGGAGAAGUUUAAUUUAAAUCUGUUUGGAAUUUAAAUUUUCAUUUAAGAUGGGCCCAAUGAAGAAGUUUUAUAAUCAAAGAUAGUAAUAAUUUAGGAAUGUGAGUCGAAAAAUCGUUGGACCCGUGACACGGUCUGUGGCGGCGAGGAAAUUGUCAGCAAACAACAAUGCGAGGUUCUUUUUCAAACUUUUAUUCCGAAUUUACUUUAGAAUUCAGCUUGAAUAAAUAAAAAAAAGUAUCCGACAAAAAGCAUAUAUAACAUGUUAGUGAUUUCCGUUGAGUUUAUUUUUUUCGAGCUUCAAAUCCCUUCGUGACACUUUUCAGUAUCGAGUUUUGUAUCGAAAUUUACAAUCCGUAGCCCGAAUAAAAAAAAAAAAAUUUGAAAUUUUUCGAUUAGUUCUAAAUUUGUUUUCAGUUGUUCCUGUAAAAGUUCAAUUUUUCUUAGCUUCAAAAUCUUUAGGAAUAAUCCAUUCAUCAUAUUUUUCAAAUCAAAAAUCCGCAAUUCCAAAAAAAAAAAACCAACUUUCUGAUUUUCCACAUCUAUUUUUGUGUGAAAACUGUUAACUUUCAUAAAUAUGACGAUAGAAGUGCUUAUUAGCCCGGUUAUAAUGUUUGAAAAAUCGAAGUUUCGCAUUUAAGUCGUUCUUAUUCUAUUUAGGCGCUCGAUUCAUUUUUUCUUUUUUUCUCAUUGUUAUACGAAUUUUGUUCCCUGUAAGUCUAACCAUUUGCUGAUUCUGGGUGGUUUGCCGAGCUCGAGCCACGGAUUCGCGGUUUUUGUGGCGAGUAACUGAUGGAACUCCGUGUCAGGCGGCCACCAACAGAGCCGUCUGUAGCCGAGGAACCUGUCAGGUCAAAAUGUCACUACCUUUUUAUGGCUGAUUCACGGCUGACUUGAGCCAUCGAAAAUGGUCCUGACACGGUAAAAAAAAAAGAUGCAUAGUUGGUGGAGAGCACAGACAGGCCACGCCCCCUCGGCGUCCCAAGCUAGCCGUGAAUCGGCUACAUUUCAGGAAAUUCUAUCCAAUCCUCAGCUCUUUAUUUCUUGUUUUUUUUUAAAUUUUGAUCUAAUCUAGGCUGUGGAGAUAUUUGGUUGAGGUUCUUAGUGAUUAACGGAAAAGUUCUGAAGUGUCUACAGUACGUUUUUUCAGGCUAGCGAUGAUAAAUUUUCCAUCUUUAAAUUGAGGCCUUUGUUUUUAAAUUUUACGAAUCAUUGACCGUUUUGCUAAUGUUUAUUUAUAGACAUGUUGAGAUUUGUCUCAACUAAAAAAAAUGAAUUUUGCAAUUUUUGAUCUCUCUUGAACUUGUUGAACUCUGAGACCGUAUGCAGGAAAGAGAAAUAAUGUUUACAAAAAGUGGUAAUGGCUUAAAAUCGCAACUUUCAUUUAAAAAGGCUCUUACAACGGUGUUUGAAAGGCUUUUCUGAGAUUAAUCUUUUUUUGAAUCCUUGAAUUCAGUUUUGAGCCGUUCAUCGGUAUAUCAGAAUCAAAUCCCUAUCACUGUUUUUUGUUUCCAGGUGGUUGGGUGUGACGGAAUGAUCGGCUCUUCCCUGAGAUUCGACGCUUGCGGAGUUUGCGGCGGCCGUGGAGACACCUGCGAAAGCGGCAAAUUCGUUUGGAACGUUUCGGGUCUAUUUCUUUUUUUAUAUAAUAAAAUAGCAAACGGCCUUAUCAUUGGCUUUAUACAGAAAAAAAUGUUGACAGGUUUAUCUCCUUAUGGUAAAUGCGUCGGAAUUUCAUUCCAAGCUUCGAAAUAAGCGAAAAUUCUCUUCAUACAUUACGUUCAUAAGAACUGACACGCGACUGGAAAUAUUUUGAAAGUUUUUAAAGUCAUUUACGGGUAUUUAGCUAACUCUUUCAUUAUUUUUUUGCAAAUCGCCUUAAACUUAUUGUUUCAGAAUCAAAUGUUUGAACUUUAUAGGAGCGCUUGAAUUAGUUUUUUUAAAAAGUUACCAUUACAUUAGAAGUUUAAUCAACAACAGGUUCGGGUCCAAGGCUAAAUUGCGAAAAAAACAUAAUUAAUACAAUUAAAACCAAAAAAAUUUUUACAUUUGAGUCGAAAAACCACGAAAUUUAGUAGCGAUUCAACAUCCUUAUAACAACCUCAAACUACGACUUUCCUUUUUUCCUAUUUUUUUAGUCUUUUUUUGUUUUGAUGAAAAAAUUGUGCCAAGGUGUAAAUUCUGGAAAAUUUUCAAUACCUCCCUCUAUUACUGUAACAGAGGAAAUUUUGACGAAUAGCCCUUCUUCAAGGCGUCAAUUUCAAAGACCCGAAAAACAAUAUUUUGAAGAUGUUCAGCUUCAAAUCAAUGUUUUUUUAUAAAUAUUUUCAUUUAUUUUUAUUUAAUAUUUUUUUAUAAUUCAAAGAAAAGGUGAUUCAAUAUUCUGAUUUCAGAAGAAUACACACCUUGCGCAUCGAAUUGCGAUACGGCGGCCGACUGGGCUAACGCUGGCCGCGAAAUCGCCGAGUCACACGCGAUAAUCGUCUGCAUCAACUCUGCGACAUCGCGCGUCGUUCCUGAGAGACUUUGUGCCGAUCGAAACAAGCCGAAAGUUCCUUCGAGACCCUGUCCUCCGCUCAUUUGCCCUUCCAGGUAAAUUCGAAAUUUAUGUUGUUUUUCUUUUUUUCAAUGAGUGUAAAAAUUUUUGAUUAGGUUAUUUGAAUACACGAAAAGACUUUCAAAGCUUUUCUAAAAGUACCAAAAAGGCUAUUUUCAUGAUUUCUAUUUGACGCUGAGACGUAUUCAAAGCUUGGAGUUGAAAAAAAGCCUCGAUUUUUCGUUUCUUUUUUUAUCCGAAAAAAAUGACUAUUUUAAUUAUCUGCGAUUUUUUUAAAGUGUGAAUUCGAAAUUUUUCCUCUUGCACUUAUUUAUUGUCUUUUUUUAUUUCGGUUUUUCGUUAGGAAACGCGUUCAAAAUUGUGAUCUUGCUCAUAUUUCCUUUUUUUCGAGUACGCAAGUUUUUUUAAAAAAAUAUGUAAGGACUUUUUUUAGUCUUUGUUAUCGAAAGUUUCUUUCAGUUGAACUUUUUUUCUAUUAAAAAAAUGAAGCUUUGAAAUAUAAAAAGAAAUAUUCUUUCCAAAUGGAAGAUUUUGCAGAUGCCGGUAAGUCAAAGUAUAUACGGUAUGUAUUGUGUGCAGUGCCCGAUUUCUGGGAUUUCAUAUCACUUUUUCCACUUUUCGUGCACCUUAUCAUUGGCCGUUCACUUUUCAUAUGAUUUAUGGGCUUUUUUUAUUCGAUGGAUUUUCGAAUGGCACGGAUUGGUUUCAAUGUAAAAUUUAUAUGGAAACAAAUUGCACAGAAACUGUCUUGGCCGCUGCAUUUUCAUUCCAGAAGCAGAAUAAGUUUCAUUGAUUUUCAUUAUUUGUUCUCCAAAAACGAAAGAUGAUUCUUGAUGACCAAAGAAUGAAUCAUUUUAUGUUCCUUGGUUAGAACUGUCCGAAAUUUCCACGAAUGACUGAAGAAUCGAAAGUUUUAGCAAACAUCUUAACUCAACAAUUUUUCACGGUUUUUAAGGGGCUUUCAUUGUAAAUUCUUGUAUUUAAAAUUAAAAACUUUUCUUCAAAAUCUCCUAUCGGCUUACCAGACUCGGGCAAAGUCGGAAUGGUGGAUAAUGGCUGCUAAAAGGGAGAGGCUCAAAAAAGGCCGCAGAAAGGCAGCAAAAAGGCAGCAAAGAGACUCCCUUUAACGAGCCUUCCAUUUUUCUGGGAUUUUAAAGGCUCGAGAAAUGGUGGAGAAAGGGAGAGGCAGCAAAAAUGGUGCAUAAGGGUUGAGAAAAUGGAGCAAAAAGGCAGCAAAAAGAGAGCCUUCUUCACCCUAAAAGGAACAUUUCUAUGGUCCUUUAUGGACCCUCGGAGGGUCGUUCCGACUUUGCCUAUGCAUGUUUAAAAUAAUCAUUGCACCUUCAAAAAAUUGGCCCACUUUUUACGAAUGGAUUAUGGCGUUUUCAACACUUUUUACUGUACCCUGCAGUCAUUUUUUAUGAUUUUGACAAAAAAGAAGCAGAAUAUAAAUAUUUUUUCAGAUUCUUUCGGAGUGGUCAAAAUGUCUGCUGCACAUUUUUUUUUUGCUGUCUUCUGAUUUCAAAGUUUCAUAAAUGCUAUUAUUUUACCCAAAAUUUCGAAGAGCGCGCAAUAUUUUUUCGUGGAAUUAACCUUUCUGUCAGCCUUCAAAAUGAUCACUACACUUUUAACAAGCGUAUUAAGCUUCUCAUGAAUGAUUUCUGCGAUUUUCAACACUUUUCGGUUCUCUGCAGUUUUGUUGAUCGAAUAGUUCAAAAAACAAGCAAAACGGAGAUAUCUUCUUGAGAUGGAUGCCUUCGGACUGGUCGGAAUGUCUGCCGCACUGCGGGCCCGGAACACGGAAAAGACACGUCUUCUGUGUCCAAUCCUCCAACAACUUCACUGUCCACGUCCCCGACAGCUUCUGUUCCGAUUUCAAGAAACCGGUGAGAAUUCAUUUGGGCCGUGAAAAAAGUUGUGGUAGACUUCAGAUCAACUGAUAAAUAUUGAAGAUUUCUUUUUGUUAUUCAACUUAUUUUUUUAUAAUACUUCUGUAGCGCCUUUUGAAUUAGCCUCAUAUAAGCAAAUUCUCAACUCAAAACAUUUUUUAAAAUUUUUCUUAUGAGACGCUUAUGAGAAGGUUGCUGUGUUUUGCUCCAUAUUCAUGUCUAUUCUCAGCGCUUAGAAAGAGGGGUUGAAAUUUGGAUAGAAUAGUAUGCACCGAAAGUAACUUCUGAAAGUCUCGGCCUGCACGAUUUUCUAGUCUUGGAUAAAUAAUGGCUCAGCUCCAAAAAAAAGCCUAUUUUAACAGAUUUUGCGGUUUUUCUUUGACUUCCAGGUGUUCUUUCUCAGAAACUGAGCAAGUUGAGACUUUCAGGACCUCCAUCUGGUACAGAAAUGAGUUUUUUAGCUGAUUAUCAUGUAAUUCCCAACCAACCAACCAAAAAGCAAAAUGACCUCCCUUGUUAGUGGCCGCUACAACUUUUCCCCAAUAUAAUCUUCCUUUCUAGGAGACACUUUUUUCCAGACUUCCGAGGAGAGUUGCACUUCGACGACGUGCGGCAAGUGGGAGACCGGCCAUUGGAGCAAGUGCACCACGACGUGUGGCCAAGGAGUUCGACGCAGGAAUGUCCGCAUUUCCAUUUUUCCUUGUUGCUCUUCAGAUUUUCUCCAAUUCCAACCUAAAGAAUUUUUUGAAAGUUAUUUUUUUUUGAAUGAGUUUUUUAAGAAAGGAAUAUAUUAAUAGAAAAAAACUAAAAGUUUAUUUUUAGCUGUUUUCGUAUAGGUAGAGAUUUAAAUUUAUUCUAUGAGCGUCAAGAGAAAAAAGGCUUCUCUCAAAAUUUAUUAUUCUCAAAAAAUAUAACAAUUAAUCCGUUUGCUUUGAGUCGAAACUAAAACUCUUGAAAUGUUCAGAAUUUUGAGCAAGAAGAAAUAUUUGUUUGUGAGAAUGAAGUCCGUUUAAGGGAAAAAUUAUUCGAAGGUAAAUUCUUCCAAAGAUAGAUUUAAUUUCAAAAAAAGAAUGAAUAGGAAACUUUCAUUAAGAUGUUUGGAUGGAAGGAAGCGUAAUUUCCAAAUUUUCGGGUCGGCGUUCAAAACCGAAUCGAUUAGAUCUUGAAUUCCAAUAGAAGACGACCUUCGUUCAUGACGCCGACUUCUGCAGGUAGAGUGCGUCGGCGGAAGCGACUGCGAGUCUUCGGGACGUCCGGCCGCGGAAUCGCCCUGCUACGCGGGCAUUCCCUGCAACGCCUUGCCCUCGCUCGUCCGCCCGUCCUCCAUGUAAGCCUCGGCUUCACGUUUCCGUCACAAAUCUUUCUUCUUCUUCCAACUCGCUUGGGAGCCGCAAACAAAAAGAAAACAAUUUUCUUUUCGAACAAAGUUCACUGAAAAAUGCGAAGAGUCGAAUUUUGAAAAGUUAAAAAUAAGACGCAUUCAAUUUAGAAACAGAAACUGUAUUGGAAUGGUUCGUUUUGGCUUCAAGGAAGCAUUUUGUUCUGUUUGCGAGCAUUUUUUUUUACUGUUUUUGAUUUUCAAAAUGAAAAGAAAAAAGUCUAUUUGCAUCUCUUUAUUAGAUCAUUUCAUCAUCCUUUGCCUGUUUUUUCUUUUUUUUCGAUUAAAUAAUCUUCGAAACUAACAGAUUUAUGAAUAAAAAAAUAGAAAUUUUAUCGUUAGCUGUUCAGAUACGUGCCAAUAAAUCAGAUGUCAGUCAAAAGCAACAAGAAAAAAAAGAUAAGAGGUUUUUUGAUUGUCGAGCUUUGAGAAACGAGGAAAACUGUAAGUCCAACUCAGCGAAAUUUCGCAAAAAUAUUAUGUUAAUCUGCAAAAAAAAAACGCGACAUCUAGUAAAUUUUACUGAUUAGAUGUGUAAUAAACUCUGAGAGGACAGAUUAAUAGAAUUUGCGAUUUGACAUUUUUGAAAAUGAAUUGAGAGACGAAACAAAUUUACAGUUUCUUUUUUUUUUAAAUGUCUUCGUUCUACUACUCAAGACAGGUCCGAAAAAAGUUCUCAUUUUGGUUUCUACCACGAGAAAGCGGAAGUUUCCAUUUUAUUUGGUUAUUCGAAACCCUCGAAUUCUCAUCUCUUCAUUCCAUCAGCUCCCAUUCGCCUUAAGACAUUUUCCUUUUCGGGAAAAAGGACAAAAAGCGAAAAGAAACAAAAAAACAAUUGCACGCGGCCGUGGGACUCGGUCAAGCGAAAGUUGGUCCUGGAAAAAAAUCCCCAAGAAGCCUUCAUUUUCGUCCUUCCAUAUAUGGAGAGACUCCGCCCACUGGCCUCAUCGGCCGCCCAUCCUAAUUCGCUGACUCCGCCCACCCUCUCAAAAAGCACUUUUCACACGCGAUUCGAGUUCAUUGCAGUUUUUGGGAAACAAUUUUUGAAUAUUCCCUGGGCGAAUGCGAUGACAUCAAGGAUUUUCUAUUUAUUGCUCAUCUUACCGGGAAUUUCGGCGGCUUUGUGAGUUUUGACUUUUUUUGGAACUAAUUUAAUAGAUUAGUUGAAAAAUUUUAAUUUACCUUGUCACCACAUCUUUUUGAAAAAUUCUUCAUCAUCAUUUUUAUAUAAGUUUUUGUUAACUUUUUUUUCAUGUCCUAUACUUCAGAUGGAGAAAAGCUCAAACACGUGUUUCAAAUUUUUUACAAGCAAAGAAUUUUUUUUUUCAUUUUUUUUCUGUGCUGAACAUGAAAUAUCAUGAUCGCACUUGGAAUAACGUGAAGGCUCCAGAGCGUUCGCUUUGAUCAGCGUCCGACCUUAAAACGGUUUGCGCUCGAAAGUAUCAAAAAAUGGGACAGCGUGUGGAGUUACAACCGCGACGCUCUGAGCCUUUUUUUUAAAUACUCCAUCUUAAUUUCUGCCAUUAGCUUUCUUCUGAUUUUUCCUUUCAACUUCUCAUAAUCCUCUCAAUGAGCUAUAAUUGAAGUGCAACUUGGGACCAAUUUGUGCCUCCAGAAUGCAUAAUAACCGCAUUACACGGCGUGUCAAGUGAUUGUGGCGAUUCAGCCGCUUCCCUCCUCAGAAUGGCCAAAAUCGAAUUUUCCUUCGAAAUUGCCCAUCAAUUCCGUGGCCGAAAACCGACAAUUUUAGAAGCAGGAUGAGCCCAUAAAUUUACGACCCCGUAGGUUGUAAAUUUUGAUGGAUUCUCAGGCUUUUGCGCCGUUUUAAUGAAUUUCGCACCUUUUUUGAGAUUUUUUCUACUUUUGUGGAGUUGAGGAGAGAAAAAAGCGCAAGAUGCUUGUUUCAGUGUAGUAGCAUCUGAAAAACACAAAAAAAAGGGAUUUCUGCUUUUCAGAUUGUAUUUUUCUUCCUCUGUAUUAUUUUUAGCAUUUUCUUUUUUUUAAUUGUUGCUUUGCUCUUAUUUCGGCUUCGAACGCGGUUUUUAUAAAUUGAGCUUUUCAAAAUGGUUCCCAUCCGAGUUCAGUCACGUUGACUCAUUUAAAAACUUUUCUAAAAGUAGUUCGAAUCUUCGAAAGUUUUCAUGAUGUUGUACCUCAACUUGAAUGAAAGACCGCUAUGAAUUUUUUUUUACGGAAGAAAAAAAAUCAAGUAAUUUGUAGCUAGAAAAUUGCACCCGAUAGAAAAAAGACUGAAAUCGAAAGUUUAAGUCCAAGUUUUUCGAGAGCAAAUUUUCAUUUUUUAGCUCGAAAAAAACGCGUUGAGUAUUUCAUACCAGCUGGAUUAGGAAAUGGUUGUGAGAUUAUAUUUUUAAUAGAUAAAGUCCUGGGAAACGAUUCUCAAAAAUAAAAGAAUAAUAGAGUAUUCGCUGGACCCUACCGGAAAAAAUUGUGAGAGGCAGGAUAAGCUCAAAAAGACACAUUCAAUCGUAUUUUUCGAAGUGAAAAAAACCUACUUGAAAGAUCUGAUCAAUAACAGAUAAGCCGUUUUUUUUUAAGACGAAAAGUUGAAAAAAAGAAGUUUUCAAGCCUUCAGGAAAGUCAAAGUUGUUCCUUUCUUUCUUCUUUUGUAUGAAAACCACCUGGGCUUUUCUCGGUUGUCCCGGUUGUCGGUCUAUCAUAUCCAUCAAGCCAUAACUCUUCGUUACUGUUUUGGUUCUGGCUACCGUUUGUGACCCGCCAGCACGUGUGUCUGAUAAGAUAAUCAGCGGCGGCGAUUCCUUUGAAUUCAUCCGCGAAACAUGCUCCAUACACGUUAUUGGCCAUUUUUGGAAGCGAACCGAUGCGCAAACGGCGGAGCUUUCCCGAGGGGUUAAGUGGGAAUGUUUUGCGGCGUCUUCAGUCUUCUUCCUCUCUCCGUGUUGCCAAAACUCAAAGACCCAUUUGUCAUGUACACGGAUUACAAUUGGCUCUCUUUCCUCGCUUCUCAAAUAAUCCUGAACCCAUUGUACGUUUUUUUUUUUUUUCGGUGGUUUCACUUGGAAUGGAGUCGAGGUUUAUUAUUAGUGAAGGAAGGAAGGCCUUGAAGACACAGAAAAUGCCGAGCUGGUGGGAAAGUUCUUUUUGAAGAUUCACGCUUUUAAGAACAUUUUUAAGAAAGAUCACCUUUAAAGGAUUUUUACCGCCAGUUUUUAAGUCAUUUAAAGGGGUUUGGAAAUUAAGAAUAAUUCCGAUUGGUAGGAAAAAAAAACGAAACAGUUUAAUUUAUCACAUUUUCUGGAGUCGACGAGAAAAAAAAGUUUAUUUUUGAAGAAUUAUGAAACUAUUUCUAAAUUUUGAAGCAUUUGAGGCUGUAACCGAAAUCAAGAAAUGAAAAAAAUCUUUAUCACUAUAAAAUUAUUCAUUUAGAAGAAAACAGUACCAAACAUCUUCACUUGAUAUCUAUUAUUUUCAUUCGAUUUGAAGAAAUUCUUGAACCUCAGAAGCAAAUGUAAACUUCCGGACGAACGUUCAGGCUUUGCAGGCUGUCAAAUGAUGGGAAUCGAGGCAGAACCUGAUUUUCAAUUUUCUUGGAGAAAGACAAGUUUCCAAAAGCUAUGAGCGUUCAGAAUUUUUCAAGUUUGAAUAGGAAUUUUUCUUUUUCCAAAAAAUUGUCGUUCUUCUGGCCUAGCAGCUUGAAAAAAGAAACUUGAAUAUUUUUAACCCCAAAACAGCUUUUUUUUCGAAUUUUUUUGUCUAAGAAAGCCCUGUUGAGUGGCUUGAGAUGUUAAUGAGAGCCACUAUAGCUGAGCAAUUAAUCGGCGCCCAAAAUGACGGAAAAGUAUAGAAAUGGCAGUUCUGACGAUUUGGCGAGGCUUUUUUCCAACUUUUGGAAGAAUGCUCGUAAAUUCGUCAAGCUACAAGUUUUGGCCAAAAAAGAGGACGUUAAUCUUUUUUCACGAUUUGGCAAGAACUUUUCUCGCCCUUCUAACGGAGUUUGGUUUUUUUUUUUCUGAGGUGUAUUCGAACAAUUCGAGAAGUUCUAAGUGAAAUAAUUCAAUAAGAAGUUUUAGUAAAAUCAAAUAAACAGUUUUUUUAUUUGGUUUAUUAAUUAAUGAUUUUUUUUUUGUAUUAGUUUGGUUUAGUGAAUUGUUUGGAAAUCGGUAAACAUAUUAAUUCCAAUAAAUUUUGUUAGUUUAAAUUCUUUGAAACGUUGUGGGAUAAGUUUUCAUGACUUGUCCCAAAAAAAGAUCUCUCUUGUAAACUGUUGCGAGAGAUCUUCCGUUCUUGCAGCGUUUUCUUCAAAUAAAGUUCUAUUCAAUACAAACUGAGCAAAAGUUCCGAUAAAAAUUGAGCCAAAUUCGAUCAAAAAUUGAUCUAAUUUUUGCUCGGUUUUUACUAUGCUAAACUUGAAAUCAAACAAAAAGUCCCCAAAGAUCACUUAAAGAAAACGUCAAUCAUAGGGCGACUACAAGGUCCUUAACGACUUUUCAGUGUCAUAAAAACGUCUUACUCACCGCUAUACUUAUUAUUUUUUCUGGCAAGAAGAAAAAGUUUGAAAUAUUCGAAAGGACAUAAAAGGGAAUGAGAAUUAUUUGCAGCCUUGACUGGAACGAGCGGACCUACCUCGACGGGAAUUCGUUCGGAUCUCUAGAUCCCGUCUCUCAAUCUCCUAGGUUUGGCUUUUCUAUUCCUUUUUUUCCGAUGAGUUGAGUAACUUUCCCAGCUAAAAAAGUGCAAUUGGAAAAGAACUUUUUUAGAGGUUCACUAAUGAAUUUUGGUUUAUUUUUAUGCCAAACUUUAUUGAAAUAGAAGUUAUUUAAAGCCUUGAUACAGCAGUACAGUGAUUAGUUUUGAUAGAAUUGAAAAAAAAACUCUUGCAUGAAAUUUCCAGGAAGCUCCAGUAUUAUUGAUUUAAAAAUUUUGAUGGAUUAGAAUUUCAAAAAUGUUUUUUCAGUUGUGGUCUAAUUUAAUUUUGAUAGCCUUCAUUUUCAGAAGAAAACAUUUACAAAGUUUAUCUGGUUUAUUGCGUGAACAAUGAAUUCAUUUUUUCUUUUAGAUCUGAGUCUGCUUGUUGUUCUGAACGUACAGACUUGAAGUUGAGAAGAAAAGAAAAAAUGAAACGUAGCAAUGUCAAAAUCAGUUGAGCCUAGUAAAAUAUUUCUGGAGCCGCACUUCAAACCACCACCUGCACCGAGAAUACUUGCAAAGAAUUACCGACCUCUUAUAAUGGUCAUAAGAUAGGCUGCAAGCUAGAAAAACCAUACGGAGCCUGUUUGAAAGUGAGAAUAUCAAACGAAAGACGCUAUCGGAAAAACUAAUUGAAGUACGAUUCAAAAAAAAAAAUUUUUUUCGGAAAAAGUAGCGAUCCGGUUUUCGAUUCGGCAAAUCACGGUUCGGAAAGUAUCAGCCCCCUACUGAGCCACAUACCAGGACGGAUAUGUCUCUAGAACCAGUCCACUGGUUAUCAAUGAUAACCGGGCCUUGCCUCAUCGACUUUGGGCGCCGAAGCCGCUCGAGCGGUACAAGGGCUCAAGAAAAGAUCAUUUCUACCCGGGCAACCCAAUAACAUGGGAAUUGUAUGGAGCUCAAGUAUUUUGCUGCCGGAUCAAUGGAGCCGUUCAUUAGUUGCCAAGAAAAGGCUGCUGUCGAAUCGUACGGCUGGAGAUUGCACUCGUUCCGACCCGAAACACUUGAGUUGAAUAGAAAGGCGAGGAGCAAUUUUCUUUAUGUGUAGCUCGACGCUUAGCGCAUUGUUUUGGUUUUGCACCAAACGGCUUCUCGUCCAAUUAGUCUCCGGCCACUCCAAAAACCACACUUUCUCCAUAAUUUCAUCACUGGGAUCGUCGAUUCCAUGUUGUCUUUUAGUAUUUUCGUUUUUUUAUGUGGGUGCGGAGAAAUGACUCGGAAUCGGAGGAAUAAUUGUGAAGUGGAUUAUUUUUUGAAUGAUUAAUGCAAGGAAAAAGUUAUCAAAAUUAUUGUGGACUGUGUAGUUAAUAAUGCAAUCCAAUAUGAUCUUGAUUAGAAAAUUGAACAGAAUGGGAAAUCUAAUCCUACGUUCUGAACUCAUUAAGCCCAGAAGGAGGGUUGGACUACAAAAUUAUUGCGAAAAAACGCAUGAAAGAAAGUUCUUAAAAGAAAAAAAGAAACUUCUGAGGUACAGUGUCCGUCGAAAUAAGAUUUCUUUUUCAAAAUUCGUCAACAGAAUUGCGUGAAAAACUGCAUCUAGUGAACCUGGUCCAACUGCGAGUUGAGAAAGUUCCCUAAUUACUAAUGACUGUAAUUUGCGAAGACCCGGGCGGAGUCCUUCAAAAAUAGCCUGCCUAUGUGUGGUUCAAAUCAAAUAUGGAUGAAUAAUCUGUGGAAGGAGCACUUUCUCUGUUCAGACUGAUUGCCGGCGAAUGGAGCGAGUGCUCGGCGACUUGUGGGACCGGCGUCGCGAGUCGCAGCGUCGAAUGCGUCGCCAUGCAUCCCAUCACCUCAGCCAUCAUCAAACUCCCAAUGUCUGAGUGUCAAUGUCAGUGGUGUGGCGACUUCGUCUAAUGCCGAAGUUUUUUUUCAGCUCAAACACAACCCAACUUGUUCCAAGCGUGCGAAGUCCGGUCGUGUCCCCUGCAGGAAGACGCCAAACUCACUUCGGACAACACUCCUUUCCAGUGGCAGUACGGCGACUGGACCCAGUGCAGUGCUUCGUGUCUCGGAGGUGCUGAAGUCUUGGAAAUUUGAAGAAAAACCGGUCUUUCAGUAUUUCAGCUCAGAAAAGUUGAACUAAAUUAUCUAAUAUACUACUCUCAAUGGAGACUCCUUUUCACAAUUACGAUUUUUUUUACGAUGAAUGCUUUUUUCUUCCGCUCUCCUCUUUUUAGUCUCUUCCCAGUUGUAAGACAGGACACGUUUUCAAAAAAGAAAAAACGACGCUAAACUGAAUAGUAUGAUUUGACCGAUUAAGGUCAAUUUUUCAAGAUUGAUUGGCCAACGAAAAGGCCAACUUCCAACGAAGACAGAAAAAUUAGAACUAAAAUGUUAUAUUUGUGAACAUUAUCCACGGAUUUGACUCAUCGACUCACUUAGCUAAAAAAUUUUGAGCUGAAUUGCUCUGAUGAAUCAGUCUACAUCACGAGAAUAUACAUUUUGCAGAUGUGUCAUAGCUACAAAAUGAUAUAAUCAUUCCAAUUGAGACAAAAAAUAUUCUUAAGAAAUCCAAUCCUCUUCUUUUUGAACAAUUUUUCUUGCCCCAAGCAAGCGGUCAAUGAACUGAACCGCCAAGUUUUUCUUAUGGUAGCUUACAAGUCUCUUCAAGAUUUACGUCUUCAAACUUCAAAAAGACGCCGUAAUCGCGCCGUGGGUUUAAGGAAAGCAGAAGGCGGCGCUCAAAUGUGUCGAGAUGUCUUCGGGAAAGUCCGUCCAGUGGUCGCAGUGCGACGCUCGCCGCAGACCGCCUGAACGCAGCAAAAUCUGCAACCAGCAUCCCUGUCCGCCGUUCUGGCAGGUCGGAUUUGCCAGUUAAAUUGGGACUCAGUUCAACUCUCCAACAUAUAAUACAUCAUUUGUUAGGAGGAUUAUACUUUUUUUGGAAUUUUUGGAAGUAGAAGAUAAAUCUUAACAAAAGAGAGUUGAGAGAAACUGGAAAAAUUGCGAUGAGUUGAGCAAAAUAGUUUUUUUUUGAAUAAUUUAGAGUUCGCUUAUAGGCAGUAGACAUGCUUAGAUUUGAAAGUAUUACUAUUUUUCAAAAUAUCCGAGGUUAAUUGAAACUUGAGUGUUCGGAAAACCGAAAUUGGAGAAGAAAAUAAGUGAGCAAGAAAAAAGAAACAAUUGGUAUGAAAAAAAAACGAUUAAAAAAAAUUGAAGUCAUUCAAUCGCUGGGAUUUUAGCUUGAUUUUUAUGGUUGAAAGGAAGAUUUUCUUCUUUUUUUUCGAAUUAAUGAAGUUUAACCGGCAUCGGAAGCAAGUUAAAAUUGAAAAAAAAAGUCGAAAAAUUUUCCUCUAACUCAUUUCUCUGAUUCAGGUCGGCCAGUUCUCGGAAUGCUCAGCUUCUUGCGGUGGGGGAAUCGCCAAAAGAAGCGUCAAAUGCGCUCAAACUGUUAGCAAGAGUGGAGGUGAAAAGAAACCUUGAAUUAAAUCUUAUUCUCUUUUUUUCAGGUGCUGAUGUCCAUAUCAUUCUCAGAGAUGACAAAUGCGUGACCAGGAAACCCGACGAGAAAGAUUCCUGCAACGUCGUUUCCUGUCCUCCCACUUGGGUGGUGAGUUUCAGUGACUCACGGCAAUAUUUAUCAAUUUUUUUGAAUUUUUUUCCAAUUUUUUCAAGGUUGUUUCUCUCACAGGGUAGUUCCGAAAAAGUCACUUUGUUAGUUCGAAAACUUGCUGAAGAAUUCUUUAGAACACACAGAUCUAAAAAAAGAAGAAGAAAAAUUUUGAAUUUACGACAGUUCAGAAGUUUGAGCCCUAAAUUAGUUUAGAAAGCUUCUCCAAGUUUUUUCAGAUAAGGAUUUUUCGGGUUCAGUGAGCUGAGGUCUGAAAAAAAGUUUUCACAUUUUUUGGCCGCAUCAAUAGGAAUUCAUCAAUUUCUUGAACCUUCUUUUUCGAACCUCCUCUGAAAGUUAUAUUAUAUCUCAUUAUAUGAUUCUCAUUUUGAGACUGGCGAGUGGACGGAAUGCUCAAAGACCUGCGAUUCGGGUGAGCGGAGAAGGAGAGUUUCCUGCGAGGUUCGCGAUUCGAAAAGCCGAAUCGAACGGCGGCCGGACGUCGACUGUGAGGCCGCAGAUCGACCUCCUAGCGUCGAAAUGUGUAGUUUUGGUGAGUUGAUUGAAAAAAGUGAGCUCGAAGAAUGUAUCAAAAAAGACUUGAGUUAAAGUUGCUGCAAUAAAAAGGGGAAAAACUAGGCUUUUUGAGCGAAAUUUGCAAUUUUUUUAACUCAUCAAAAACUAGGCUGUGUUUUGAGAAUGAAAAGACGAUUCGUUCAUUAAGAAUCGGAGUUAUGUACGCUUUGAAACUUUUUUCACUUAUAAUUCAAAGCUUCAAACUAUCUCAGACACUAUUCUUAAGAAAAUGAAUAUUGUGAGAUUUUGUCAAAUCUUCCGGUAUAAGAUGAUUUGAUUUAAAACUGCUGCAAAGAGCUUUUUUCGAGUUUUGGGAGGUUUUAAACUUUUUUUAAAUUUGUAGACAGGUUUUUUUUUUUGGAGCCAGGGAAUAUUGUCGCGUUUAUUUUGUGCUUUGGAAGUUUUUUCCAACAGUUUUCAUCCGUUGAGCAGCUUUAGUGAAAAAAAGAUCUGUUUUAUUCGAUUUUUGCAGGUGUUUGUUCCAAACCUCAUCUUUUCUCCAACCGGGUAUUCGAACAGAACGUCGACCAGAAAAAGCUCACGAUAGGCAUUGGAGGAGCCGCGACUCUUUAUCAAGGUACCUUCUUCUUUCCUCGAAGAGAAAAGCUCGCUCAACUUGCUUUUCUAGGCACGAGCAUCAAGAUCAAGUGUCCGGCGAAGAAGUUCGACAAGAAGAAAGUUUAUUGGACGAAGAACGGGAAGAAAAUCCGCAAUGAUGGUAAGUCGACUGGAUCCGAGUACUGUAUUUUGAAAUUGUGCAUACCCGGAAAAUGGUUUUGGAUUAUAAAAGGUCCAAAAAGGAGUUUUCUGAAUGGAACGGAUGCGAAAUUAAAGGAAAAACACAGAAAAUUUAGAGAUGUACAUUUACAUGCGCCUUAUUUUUGAGACUUUCUCCUUUGUUUUUUUUUAAUAAUUUCAAGAACUAAUACGAUUAAUCAUAGAGAGAUAGGAUUUCAUCUAUUCAGCUCACAUAAAAGUGUCUGGAAACGGGAAUCUACGCGUUUUCCACGCGCGGAUGGAAGACGCCGGCGUCUACGAGUGCUACACGGACAAAUUGCAAGGAAACGUCACCUUGCGAUUCAAGUACCGUGAACAUUCCGCGGUAAGGAUUGCGGAUUCAUAAAAAAAAUAAAGUUAUCAUUAACUUCAAAUGUUGGAAAAUUGCCUUGUGUGGACGAUAAUCUUUGAAAAUAAGUCUUUGGGAAAUUAUUGAUAAAAUGGCUGCAGAAAAAAAAACACGGACUGUUUGCUCAUUAGGUGAAACAAAAACUGAAGUUUUUUGGAAUACAUCAAUCGAUUAAUUCACUUCUGAAGAAACAUUUUCUGUAAACUCGCAACACACUGUUUUUAUUUAAAUGAAAACAUAUAUUACUAGUCAAAAUAAUUGAAAAACGGAUUUCAAAGAACACUUUAUAUUUAUUGAAAAAUUGAUCCAAAACUGAAAUUUUCCGAAGGCAAUUUUCUACUAUGGAGAAAUGGACGGAGUGGAGUUAUUACCCGAAUGGAGACAGAUCAAAAAAAAUCCGAUAUAAUGGUGAAACAAAAUGCCUUGCAUGACCUUGAGUGACACUGAAACUGAAAAUGGCGACGCCGGCAGGAAAACUUUCUUUUUUUUUCGAAUCACUUCAACGAUAUUUUUGAACAGAUUCACUUCAAGGAAGAAAGAGGACGAUGAAUUCUUCGUUUUUUAGGAGCAGAAGCCGAACCUCGGCCGAGGCGCCAAGAACAAAGGCAGGAAGCCGAUGAUCAACACGACAAUGAUCGAGGCGUUGUUGACCGCGCCGAACGACGUCGAGGCCACCAAGGAACUUCAGAAGUACGGGGAUCUCAUCAAUGCACGAUGGGACAUCGGACACUGGACCGAGUGCCGGCAGAAGACGUGCCACGUCGCCGGUUAUGAGGUCAACACAUUUAUACAUUUUUUUAGUCUUCAGAGAAAUUAUCUUCUGAAUCGAUGAGAGAGAUUAUCUUCUGAAUUGGCAGUAUUAGACAAAUUUUAAGCACCCCGAAGAUCAGCUGCUCGUCCAUUUAGUAAAAGUACGACGCCCAGCUUUUCUAGGGUUGGCGAGCGUCGGAGAAAAAUCUCAUACAAGAGCGGAAAUUAAGAUCGAUCACUCGGAGAGUAGAAAUGAGAUAAUCAGAAAGGGGUGAGAUCAGCACAUUUUUGAUUUUGUCACCAGUGUGUUCAUAACGUAGGCAUUAAUGCGUGUGGUUUUAUAGGAAUUUAAGGCAGAAAACAUUAAGUACUGCAAAAAAAAAAAGAACAUAAAAUAAUUUAUUCUUGAAUUCCAGGCAAGAGGAGUUUCAUGCAAAGCGACGGUCGGGAAUGAAGUCCGACUUGUUGACAACUCCAUCUGCGACUCUUUGGCUUCUGUCCGGCCGGCGGAGACUCGGCCCUGCCAUCGGGAAGACUGUCCCAGAUGGGAGGCCACGCCUUGGAGCGAGGUGCUGAAAAAUGUUUUAACCUUAAGAGUUUCAUGGAGCCUAAAAAUUAAAGACUAUUGAGAAUUAGGUUUAAAAAAAAUUGAUAUACCCUUGAGCGUGGCUGAUAAGGUUGAUGAUUUGGUUUAGUUCUUCAAAAUCAAGUCUAGUUCAUAUUUCUAGAGUUAAGCUGACAUAUAUCCGUUUUGAAAAAAGGUUAAGCUUAAAAUUAGAAGAAUAGGUUAGUUUUAAAAUUCAUCAUCGAUAUUGUUGUCAAUCUUGAUUUUUCAUUAACGAAAUGAUUGAAAGCUUCAAAUUCCUGUCAGAAAUUUGAGCUAAAAGCAAGAGCUUCGAAAUUUCCUUUCAAAAUUGGAGGUUUUCUGAGUUGCGACCUUCAUUCACUGAAUUAAUAAACCUUUAGUCGGGUUCGGAAUGAAAGUACUCUACUUGUUAGGUCGAAGUUUUUUUUUUUGAAAUGAGCCUGCCUCGAAAAAUCUUAUAAAAAACGUUUUUUUGUUAACUUUGUGUGUUAACAGUGUUCCUCGACGCGCUGUGUCUCGCCCUACACGGCCCAGCAGAAGAGAAACGUCACGUGCAGCUUUUCGAACGGCACCCUCGCCGAGUUGGACUCGUGUGACGUCAGCAAUCGACCUGCCACCUUCUCCGAUUGUCCCAAUCGUGAGUGUGACUAGCUGAACCUUGUUAACAGGAGAGUUUUUGAAGAAAAUUGCAAAGCCGAGUGGAAAACGUCCGAGUGGGGAUCGUGCAGUUCGGAAUGCGGGACGGGGGGAGUUCAGGUGACUUUCUGGAAGAGUCUUUAGGACUUUUGAGAAACUGAUCGAAUCUAUUAAAUUCAAGAAGUUAUAGAAAGAAAUAUCAUUUGCAGUUCAAAAAUUGCUGUUUUUUUAGUCUCUUUUGAGAGGUUUCGCAAAAUGCGCCAUUUUUUGAAAAAAUGCUCGGAAAGUACAAUCUAAAAAAAUUGUUUUGAUAAAUCCGUUUUUUUCUCUUCUUCUUUUUUUGAGCUUUCAUGAGAAAAUGAUUGUUAGAGAAUUUAUGAGAAACAUAAUUUUCUAGGUGAUAUUUUUUGUGCUCCCAUAUCUCAGUUCUCUAGUAAUUUUUAAGGGUUUUCUGAAGAGAAUGAUUGAAAAAUUCAAGAAAAUUCAACUUAGCAAAAAGAACGUUCAUGAACUGCAGCUUCGCCUUCUGUUCUGCACGUGGGCCUCGACAGGAAGGCCGGCAGGACGCAACUGCGAGUCGCUCCGAAGGCCGCACUCGGCUCGGGCCUGCGUCGCCGACGAGCCUCUGCCGCCCUGUCAUGCCACCGCAGCGCCCAUGUUCUUGAGAGGUAUUUCCAGAGGGGAAUCAGGGGUAGCUACCCGGCAGCUACUUCCACAUCAAAAAGCGUUAGCUAAUGGGUGAUCAGGUACCAAAGAGAUACCACAGAAAAUGUUACCUGGAUACUACCGGAAAGGUAUCUGAACACUAUUGCUUUUCUACCUGGAACUUGCGAUUGCCAACGGGUAGUAGCUAAAAAACGACCCGCAAUUAGCUGACGCCGAUUGACGCGUUCUUUCGAGAUAUUGAAAGUUUCAAAUUAUUCCAAGAAGUCUCUAUGCACUUUGUAGACGUUAUAUCCCAUUCACGACUGUUUGAAACAUCAUCACCUGUCUGUUUUCAAUUUCAAUUUUUUUUUCUUGAAUUUUAAAAUGCUUUGAAGUUAAAAUAAAUCGCAAACCAAUUUUUAAAAAAUUGAUUUUCAGACGCGUCCUGUGAAGAUCAAUCACGCUUCUGUGACAUCAUCAAGCUCUUCCAUUCGUGAGUUUCCAACUUCUCUUAAAUCAUGAACAAAAGUUCAAUCUUCUUUUCAAUCUCAUUUUAUUUUUUCAGCUGCGACUCAGCAGAAGUCCGACAAAAAUGCUGUGCGACGUGCACAUUUGUCGAAAGAAGAAAGUUUUAA